AUGGGGAAAAGGAUCGGGAAUUAUCAAGAAAUCAUUGAGAGAAUUGAAGCUAGACAAAGUGGAUUGCAAUCAAUCGAUCCAGUAAUUCUGACGCUUUCAAACGAAACUCAGCCACAGGAAAAUGAUUCAAUGAAUGAAACAAUGCAUCGGUUCUAUCGCCCUUUCCGCUUCUCAAUCACUCCCAAAGAGCCAUGCCCGUCAGGAAUCGAUACUCUCUUUAUCGUUCACACCUCAAUCGCGAAUCAUAAGCGACGAGCAGCGAUACGAGAAACGUAUGCCAAUGACUAUUGGGAGAAAAAGUACGAAUAUCGAACGAUUUUUGUAGUUGGUCGGAGUAAAGAUGAGGAAAAGGAAAGAUGGAUAAAAGGAGAAGCGAGACAAUAUCGAGAUAUUCUACAAAUCGAUUACAUUGAUGCUUAUCGAAAUAUGACAAUAAAGUUUCUCAAUUGGAUGCGUUUCGUUCGUGAUGAUUGCCCGCGAGUGAAAAUGAUUGUCAAAAUGGAUGACGACAUUCUCCCAAAUAUUCACUGGAUUUUCGACGAUUUUCACAAUGGGACAAUGAUUUCGGAAGAAAACACGUUCACCUGCUUAGAAUAUCACAGUCCAGUCGUUAGGGAAAAAGGAUCGCCUUGGUACGUCUCUAAAGAGGCUCAUCCGAGCGACGAUUGGGAAGCUUUCUGUUGUGGACCGGCUUUUAUCAUGUCAGCCGACCUGAUAUCCAGAUUGGUGAAAAAUAUUGAAAACAAGCAAUUUUAUACUUCGGUCGAUGACGCCUUUGUAACGGGUCAAAUCGCGAAGGAGAUCGCAGCGAAGCACGAUUUUCGGCUAUACGAGCACAACUUUCUGUGGCCCGGCUGGCCUGGGUGGGAGAAAAUCGUCGAGAGGAAGAUGCUGGCGUGGAAAGUGAUUUUUGGGGCUUACACAACGACGACAGCGAUGAAGCGAAUUUUCGAUGAGUUGUCCCAUUUGAGUGGAGCUGUUACCGAUCCACCCGAUGAUCUCCCCUGGUCGAAUAAACUGGAGAGAAAGGCGGAGUCGAAUAAAACCAGGAUGGGCUUCUGGAGCGACGCUGCAGAGGUACUCGAAUGGGUCGAGAUUGGAGUGUCAGGCCUUGCAGGAUUCGAGAAGAGUUCUGGACGAGGAAAGUUCGAAACCCAGAUGGGCUUCUGGAGCGACGCUGAAGAGGUUCUCGAAUGGGCCGGGAUUGUAACGUCAUUCUUUGCAGGCUUCGAGAAUAGUUCUGGAUCAACCAAGGUUGAGUCGGAGCGUUGCGAGUCAAAUGAUCUCAGCAAAAGUUCGGUG